CGUCAGUCACACAGCAGUUAAAGAGCAGAUCUGCUGUCGACUCUGAGACUGUUAAUCUGCUGUACGACACCUUUCCACUCUUCACCUCAGAGAUGACCCAGUUCAGACUGGUGACACUGGCUGCACUGCUCUGCACUCUUCCCAGUGCUGAUGGAGGGAAAGUGCUUGUUUUCCCAGUGGAUGGAAGCCACUGGGUCAACAUGAAGGUCCUCAUCCAGGAGCUCCACUCCAGAGGUCACAACGUCACAGUGAUCCGACCCAAAACCAGCUGGUACAUCAAAGCAGAGUCCCAUCACUACCAGUCGAUCACCCUCGGCGAUUCCACUGGAUUUGACGAGAGCAGCAUGAAAGAUUUCACCUCAAAAAUGCUGCAGAUCGGUCGAGACUUCCACACUUUUGCGUUUGUCAAAGCGGAGUUUAUGGAGAUGAUGUAUAACGCUCACAAAGCUUUGAUCGAUGAAAUGACAGAGAUGUUUGAGGAUGCAAAACUGAUGCAGUUCUUCCAAGAGGCAAAGUAUGAUGUGGUUCUGACCGAUCCCUGCUUCGGCGGAGGGGUUCUCCUGGCUCAUCGGUUGGGGCUCCCGCUGGUCUUCAAUGUACGAUGGACGAUCUUGUCAGAUGGACAUCACACAAUUGCCCCCUCCCCUCCCUCAUAUGUUCCCAUAUCAGGCAGUGCACUGACUGACAAGAUGACUUUUUGGCAAAGGGUGAAAAAUGUUUUUUUUGCCUUAAUGACGCUUAAUAACCGUGUUACACUACAAGAGGCUCUCUACACACCAUUUGUCCAGCGUCACUUUGGUCCUGACGUCCACUACGAAGAGCUGGUUCAGGCGGCAGAUAUUUGGUUGAUGAGAACCGACUUCACCUUUGACUUCCCUCGUCCCACCAUGCCCAACGUCGUCUACAUGGGUGGGUUUCAGUGCAAGCCCUCCAAGCCGCUUCCUCAACAUCUGGAGGACUUUGUGCAGAGCUCUGCGGAGCAUGGAGUCGUAAUUAUGAGCUUGGGGACCUUGGUGGGGAGUCUUCCUGAGGAGGUAGCAGAACACGUGGCUGCUGCUUUUGCCCAGUUACCUCAGAAGGUCAUCUGGAGGCAUACUGGGAAGAGACCAUCCAACCUGGGCAACAACACCUUGCUGCUGGACUGGCUGCCCCAAAAUGACCUCUUAGGACACCCAAAUACCAGAGUGUUUGUGGCCCACGGAGGCACCAACGGACUUCAAGAGGCCAUCUACCACGGAGUUCCCAUCGUCGGCCUUCCUCUGAUGUUCGACCAGGACGAUAAUCUGUUCAGAAUGACAGUGAGGGGCGUUGCUAGAGUGCUGGACAUUGACACACUGAACAAAGACAACUUCCUGGAGGCGCUGAAGGCGGUGCUUUAUGAGACGUCCUACAGGGAGAAGGUGCAGCAGCUCUCCAGGCUGCACAGAGACCAGCCCAUGAAGCCUCUGGACCGAGCCACCUUCUGGAUCGAGUUUGUCAUGAGACACGGGGGAGCUGCCCACUUAAAGACCGACUCCUACAAGAUGUCCUGGAUUCAGUACCACUCCAUUGAUGUGAUCGCUCUGUUGCUGGUGUCGGUCACGAUGAUGUCACUGGUUUGUGUUUUAACAGUGAAAUGUUUGUGUUGUAAAGUGUUUGGAGGGAAGAAAGAGAAACUGCACUAAAACAGAUACUUAUGAUGCCCUGCCUGUACUUCUGUGAUGUAUUUUGACUAGAAAGAAUGAAACAACAUUUUGAAAUUGAAUCAUAAUCUGUACUUCGUAUGACUGAGUUGUGAUGAUGACAGCACAGCAGAACAAAAUAAAUGUCAGCCUCUGAGAACUAAAAUAAAGAUAGCAUUUAGUCUGAGUAAUAUCCUUCUAUUGCAUUUCUUGAAUCAUAGUUUAACAAAACCCAAGCAGUACUGUUAGUAAAAUUUUUAUAAAAUGUUAGCCAAAAGCCGGCCAGUGUGGGAUUCAGUGACGCUAGCUAUUAGCAUUGUACAGUCCUGUAUUAUACUAAGCUCCAACAACAUUGCGAGCUAGCUUAGCAUGCUUAUUUUACACACGCUGUCAUUAGCAUUAGUUUGUUGGACUAGUUAUGCACUAGUAGUGGUAAGAUUACUCGUUGACAGGAGCCAUAACUGGUUUGGGUUAUCUAAUCUAACAUAGCUACACAAUCGUUAGUUAUAGAGACUGUAUCCCAAAUCGGACACAUCUGCAAUGCAAUCACCUUCCGAUGUUUUCACGGUAAUUAGGGCCUUGGGGCAAUCACACCGAGCACUACUGUUAUACUGUGGAUUUCUUCUUCUUCCUCUUCCGGACACAAUUUCGUCCCGCUACUAGUCCUACAACUUGAAGAGUUGCAGGACAAAUUAUAUAUCAAAACGUGCGGUUUGAUCGGGAUCGGUGUGCUAUUACUUUUCUCUACAGAAUAUGAACUUUUCGCGACGUAAGUCGUGAAAAACUGCCCAAAAUUUUGCAUUGAAAUGAAUGGGACGGCCAACAAAAAAUGAGCGAAAAAGAACAAUAAUUGGAGAUUUUUAAACGUCUACUUCUCCGGCAUAAUUUCACCUAGAGACUCCAUUUAAACUUUAAACAGUAGACACAAGUCUUGUGUAUUGGUGUAUUAAUCCACGUUUCGAUAGGUCAUAUAGUUUUUUAUCAAUCCCUGUUCAAUGACCAUGAUCAUUUUUGGAGAAAUUCUGAGAUUAUAAUGGGUGUGUAUUGCAUGGAAUGUUCGUGUCACAGUGUGUGACAUCAUCGCCAGAGUGUAGAGGGAGAGAAUAAAUUGUCCAAAAAUACAUUUGAAAACUGCGCUCCAGGCCGCAAAUUCCACUCUACAGAGAUAAUUUAUACAUAGAAACGUAGGAAAAUUUGUCUUCUCACUCACAAUCCUCUGGUAAAGCUGUCAGAGUUAUAGUUUGGGCGUACGACGCAGAGAUGCGCCACCAACACGCACCAACUGCCUCAUUGGCUCCCAUAUUAAAAAACGCAGGAAGAUUUCUGAAGAAGAGAAAUUUCAUAAAUUUAUUUUUUUUAGAUCGCUCUAACAAGGCUAUUUUUUCAUUUUUCUUCAAAAAAAACAUAUGUAGACGUUCAGGAAGAACUCAGGAUGCUCAAAGUAAAGUCGGAUCAAUGAUAGGUAUUAUGGUUUUGCCAAAAUUGCUUUCUGUUUGAGGCCAGAAAUUCCAGUCCACCUCUGGCUACUGUCACUCUUUCAUUAACAGGUGUCAGUUAAUUCUGUUGAUUGCUUUGAUCUGAUUGCCUUUGAUCUUUGAUGUGAUUACAGUUACAGAUACACACACACACACACAUGCACUAAAGUGCGCACACUCCUCACACAUGCAUAUCCAAGUGUCCGAUUUGGGAUACAGUUAGAGCACGGCUAAUUCACUGGUGUUAGCAUCCUUUAGCUGACUCUGGUAAACCCGCGGCUAACGUACAUGGUUAAAACAAUAUAAGGUUCGAAAGAUAAGAAGUUAGACUUUAGUUUCACACCAUUUAAUUAAUUGGAAGCAUAACAUGAUCAUUUAUAUUAGUAGUUAAUGUGAAAUUUUGAUAGAAUCUUAGCCGAACGGUGUCCGAUAUGGGAUACAGUUAUGCUAGCUCAUGUUUGCUAGCUAGCAGCUUACCUUGGACCAGAGAUAUGUGUGUCUUUUGAUCUUCAAGAUAUUAAGUUGGACAGGGGUUUCCCAAAAUGUUUAAUCCACAGCAGGCAAUGCUCACCUUGUUGUUUGAGUUUUGGAAAAGGGGAAAAAAGGACUCCUCCUGCUAAACUUUUAAGGUACCUGGUGUAAGACCGUUUCACCUUAUGCUCAGAGCUCAAAGGUUGACGGAACUUCUUCUCUUAGUAACGGUUGCUAGGGUAUGAUUGGACGAGGAUCAAUUAGAACUUGAAUACAUUUUUUAAAAAGUUUUAUAGGUCAUCGUAUGAUAACUUGUGUCUGUGAUGAAAGAUACAGUCAUGGAAAAUAAUAUUACACCACUGUUGUUUUCUUCAUUAUCUUCUUAAUUUUAAGAAAUUAUAUGAUAAUGAUUUUGGUUCUCAUCAAGAAAACCAUGUAAAAUGGCUAGAUUUCAUCUAUUGAAUUAAACUCUUAUGAGCUGUUUUUGUUGUUAUCAUUAUAUUUAUCCAAACAAAUGUACCUUUAGUUGUACCAGACAUUAAAAUGAACAAGAAAAUGAAGAAAACAAG